UGUCUCCACUGUCUGUUUUAGCAAGAAGAAGAUAAAAUUUUCUUUUGAGUAGAGAGAAAUAUGAUGAUCAGCACAAAUCAAAGUUGCUCUCACUUUUCUAUUGUCUUUAGGCUGUUACUCUUGAUGAUCUUUUAUUCUGCAGUUCUCCCUGCUUCAAGCUCUUGUCCAACUGAAUGCGGAGGAAUCCAGAUCCCAUACCCUUUUGGAACCAGAAAUGGUUGCUAUCUCGAGAAGUCUUACGCUAUUGAAUGUCGUAGUACAGCUACGUCAAGAACGCUUGUCCCUUUCCUUUCACUAAUCAACAAAGAAGUUGUGAGUAUCUCUCUUCCGACUGCAUAUAAUUAUUAUGACCCUCUGUCAUAUGCGUCAAUUCGUGUCAAAAUCCCGAUCACAUCCUCAGGAUGUUCCACGGGUGGAAAUGAGUCCGCAGGACCAGUAAUGAACUUGAAGGGCAGCCCAUUUUUCAUUCAUGGUAAAAACUCCCUCCUCGCGGUUGGUUGCAACAGCAAAGUGUCGUUGACGCAUAUAGAGCCGAACAUGGUGGGAUGCGAGUUAAAUUGCAGUGCGACCAUAGAGCCAAGUAGCAAUAGCAUCCCUUUUUUCAACACAGCAGGGUGCUCAAGCGAAGCCUUGUCCUAUGCUAACACCAAUGAUUGUACAGAAACCAGACCGGAAGAAACAGGAUGCGAUGGUAACGGAUGUUGUCAGACGAGUCUACCUAAUGAGCCUCGACAAGUUAUUGGUAUCAGAAUAGAGAGAAAUGAUGUAAACUCGACAACAACAAGAGAAGACCCUUGUAGAGUCGCCUUCUUAACAGAUGAAUUGUACACUUUGACGAAUGCGACAGUGCCAAGAGAGUUAUUUGCUAAGGGAUAUGCUACAGUUAGCCUAGGAUGGGUACUCCAGACAAAGAAUCAUUCGUUCCUCAACUCCUUGGCCUGUAAAAACAGAAACGAUUACGAUGCUACUAGUGAACCUGAAACAACCUGUGCAUGCGAUAGAAGCACCAAUUCUGAGAUAAGUUAUGCAAGUUGUGUAUGCAACAAAGGUUUCGACGGUAACCCAUAUGAUUUUGAUGGCUGCAUGGAUGUUGAUGAAUGUAGCUUCAAACCCAGCAAUUGUAAGGAAAGAGAGAGUUGUGUGAAUUUUCCUGGAGGCUAUCGCUGUGCGGGCAGCAAGACUACAUCAAUAAUGAUAGGUGCGAGUGCAGGUUUUGGGAUCUUAUUCAUAGCUGGUGGAUUAUGGUGGUUGAGAAAAUUUAUAAUAAAGAGAAGGAUGACAAAGAGGAAGAAGAAGUUCUUUAAACGUAAUGGAGGACUACUGUUGCAACAAGAGCUAAACACAAGACAAAGGAAUGUUGAAACGACAAGAAUCUUCAGCUCGAGAGACCUAGAGAAAGCUACUGAAAACUUCAGUGAAAACAGAGUUCUCGGACAUGGAGGUCAAGGCACUGUAUACAAGGGUAUGCUCGUAGAUGGUAGGACCGUUGCAGUCAAGAAAUCCAAGGUUGUGGAUGAGGACAAAGUACAAGAGUUCAUCAAUGAGGUGGUGAUUCUCUCCCAGAUCAACCACAGACAUGUAGUCAAACUCUUGGGAUGUUGUCUUGAGACAGAAGUUCCUAUGCUGGUUUAUGAGUUUAUCCUCAACGGAAACCUUUUCCAGCAUAUCCAUGAAGACUCUGAUGAUUACACGAUGACCUGGGGAAUGCGUCUACGCAUUGCUGUGGACGUAGCAGGAGCUCUUUCUUAUCUUCAUACUUCUGCAAGUUCACCAAUUUAUCACAGAGAUAUCAAGUCGACAAACAUAUUAUUAGACGAGAAGUACCGAGCCAAAGUGGCUGAUUUUGGAACAUCAAGGUCAAUAACCAUAGAUCAAACUCAUUGGACAACCGUUGUUUCAGGUACGGUUGGGUAUGUGGAUCCAGAGUAUUACCGGUCCAGCCAAUAUACAGACAAGAGUGAUGUUUACAGCUUUGGAGUCGUCCUAGCUGAACUUGUUACUGGAGAAAGGCCUGUCAUCAAAAUACAAAACACUCAAGAAACAAGAAGCUUGGCAGAGCAUUUCAGGGCUGCAAUAAAAGAGAAGAGACUUUCUGAUAUUAUGGAUGCUCGAAUAAAAGAUGAUUGCAAACCAGAACAAGUAAUUGCAGUGGCAAAUCUGGCCUUGAAGUGUUUGAGCUGGAAAGGAAGAAACCGUCCAAAUAUGAGAGCAGUUUUUAUGGAGUUGGAGAGAAUUUGUACUUCUCCAGAUGAUUCACAGGCCCAUAUUCAAAUUGAUGAGGAAGAUGAAGAGGAGGAGGAUGAAGAAGAAGGCCGGGAUUUGAUAAACGAAAGAGAUUCUUGGAGCGUUAGUGUUACUGCUCCAGCCAUGGCUUCUUCUUCUUCAGACGUUGAACCACUGUUUCCACAUCCCACAUGCUGACUCAAUGAUAUUAAAGUUGUGGUGAAUAGAUUUGAUGAUCUUGU